AUGAAAAUACAAUUUUAUUUUCAGUUUUUGGAUUCAUGUGAUAUCGAUAGAUCCGCUUCGUUUUAUAUUUCAAUACAUCAUGUGAAUUUAUUUCAAUUACUAAAUCAAAAUGAAAUUUUAUUUUUAUUUUUAGAUCCAUGUAGUAUCGAUCGAUCCAACUCCUGUGAUAUCGAUUUACCCGGUGAGUUUGAAGCAAUGCAUUAA